CUGUCUUUUUGUGGAAGCAUGUGGGAGCUUAUUUCAAUUAUGUCAAUUAGUAAGUAGACUUGGAUCAGGGACAGGUUAAGCAGAUAUCUUCAAAAAAUAAAGUGACAUUACAUAUAGGCCUACCUCAGAUGAGCGAGCUACCGUGGGUGCCAAACUCAACAAUCAGAACCGUCAAAAUGUCUGGCAGCGUUUAUCGUGUUCAUUGACACUUACGCUGCUGCGCUAAAGAUGAGUGAGGGGGAAAAAACCUAGAGCUUUAUAUUUAUCCUGUGAGCAAUUACUGUUGCUCGCUCCUGCAGCCUCCCGCUCAAGUUAAGUGCGUCAUCACCAGUCACUAGAGCCGUAAACGCAGUUGGGUAAGUAACACCAGAGCCUUGGCGCAGAAUGCGGUCAGCCGUGGUCAGAUAGCUUACGGAAAUCACGGUCAACAUGCAGUGGACUGAGAUUGGACAGACAUCUGUCAGAAAAUCAUAUAUUGCUACGGUCAAGUAGCCUAUGGAUAUCUACGACUUCCUGCGCUGACAAACUGAACUCAGCAAGACGCAUCAUUCCAUCGCGAUACAUUUUUUGGACAUACCACUGCUUUUGUUUGGAUACAGAAGCUGAGACACUUGGAUCUUAAUUUUUUAAAGAAUAGUAACAUACAUAACAUUGAGGACAAACCUCUUCUAUUAGGCAUUUAUUAAGCAUUCAUCAUCUUUCAUAAUUGUUUUUUUUCCUAUUUAUUAUUUUAGCUGCUAAUCAAUUUGCAAACUCUAGUUCUUAACUUAAGUUUGAAAACUUAAACAUUUACCAAGGUUCUUAACUAUUUAUUUGUUUACUUUUCAUUUGUUUUUUUGGAAACUACAAUGUUUUGAAUGGCUGUGUGUUUUCUUGAAGACGUGUUUAACACUGAUUCUUCAUAUCUUUGCUUGGAUAAUUACUUUUGACAUCUUUCAACUGUGUGCGAGUGUACCCGCGAUCACAUAGCCACUUUUGCGCACCGUUGGGAGGGUAAAUUACAGACGUCUAGAUCUGUGUUUUGGAUCCACAACUUUGUCUGAGAGGAAGAUAACCCUAAACCCCAGCGAUGCUGCUGCUGUCGCUCUCGGUUAUCCUUGUUCUGCGCGGACUGUUUACCUGCACCGCGCAGGGAAUACAGAUGGACUAUCCACAGGCGGAUUCACUGCAUUUCAUUUACAAGGAUACAUUGGACGAUAUAACUGACCCGUGUGCUGCAGUGUUCCCACCAUGCCUGGGGGAGGCUGACCGCUUCAGUCUGGAGGCCCUGCGUCACAUUCACAGGGAGAUGGACGAUGACCAGGAUGGUGGAAUUGAGGUGGAGGAGAGUGUGGAGUUCAUAAUUGAAGACAUGAAGCAGCAGCAACAGAUCAACAAGCACAAUAACCUCCACAGAGAGGACCAACACAUCACUGUAGAAGAGCUAUGGAGAGGAUGGAAGUCCUCUGAAGUUCAUAACUGGACUCAGGAGGAUGUCCUGCGUUGGCUGAGAGAGUUUGUGGAGCUCCCCCAGUACGAGAGAAACUUCAAGGACCUGCGUGUGAAUGGCAACACCCUCCCUCGGAUUGCAUCCAACGAGCCUUCCUUUAUGAGCGUCUCUCUAAAGAUCCAGGACCAGCAGCACAAGCAGAAGCUCAAACUCAAGGCCUUGGAUGUCGUCCUUUUUGGACCUCCCACACGCCCACCACAUAACUGGAUGAAGGACCUGCUGCUCAUCGUCUCCGUGGUGAUGGGCGUGGGUGGCUGCUGGUUCGCCCAGGCCCAGAACAAGGCCUCCAAGGUGCACAUCUCCAAGAUGAUGAAGGACCUGGAGAGCUUGCAGAGGGCUGAGGAGAGUUUACAGGACUUGCAGGCGCAGUUAGAAAUGGCACAGGAGGAGAAGCGCACAGUCACAGUGGAGAAGCAGAACUUGGAGGAGAAGAUGAGGGACGAGAUCCAAGGGGCGCAGGAGGAGGCCAAUCGGCUCCAUGAGCUCAGAGAGGGGGCCAAGAACGAGCUGACCCGCCUGCGGUACGCAGAGGAGGAGCUGGAGCAGGUUCGGGGGGCCCUGAAGAAGGCUGAAAUGGAUAUGCAGCUCAGCUGGACGGUCCCCGACGCCCUCCAACUCUGGCUGCAGCUCACCCACGAGGUGGAGGUGCAGUACUACAACGUCAAGAAGCAAUGUGCCGAGCAGCAACUAGGCACAGCUAGGGAUGAGGCUGAGAAGAUUAAAAAGAAGAGGAGCUCUGUUUUGGGCACAUUUCAGGUGGCCCAUAGUUCCUCCCUGGACCAAAUUGAUCACAAGAUACUGGAGGCCAAGAACUCCUUGGCGGAGGUGACUGCCUCUCUUAGGGAGCGUCUGCACAGAUGGAUGCAGAUUGAGAGGCUGUGCGGUUUCCCUUUGAUGAACAACCCAGGUUUCCCCACGCUCACGGCCACCCUCUACCCAGAUGUCAACUGGAUGGUGAUGUCCCGCAUGUCCUUCCCACUGGCCAGCCCUGAGGGAGAGAUGGAGGAGGACAUGUCCCCCAUGAUGGCACAGAUACCAGUGGCUCCAAUAAAGCGGUCUCCACGCGCGAUGGUUCGUUCCCGCCGGACAGGGCACAUAGUCCAGCCCCAAGUGAUGCUUCAGCCAGACCCCGACCUUCUGGUUCCAAUUAGGGCUCCACUCCCUCGAUAUGGAGAAGACGAAGACGAUCACAUUUACAUAGCGCAACUCACUAAACAGGAAUGCCUGGAGACAUCGUCGGACACAGAUUCGCUUGGCUCUUCUGUCAGCAGGCUGUACACAGGCCCUGCCCUGGAACCGUCUACCACCAGGAGACUGCUUCGUGAAGACGUGGACAUGUUUGCUGACAACACAUCACAGAAGGGGGCCAAGGAGGAGCAGGAGGACAGCAGCUCCAAAUGGCUAUCAAGAGAGGACAUGGAGGAGUCUCUAAAGACUACCACUUGGAAAAUGCCAAGAGACGACGCCAGUGUAGCAGUGGAAGCACCAAAGCGCAAUUUGUCACAAGAGGAGCUGGACAUUUGUAUGGAAAGCCAUCCGAUGAUGUGUGUGAAAGAGGAGCCCGGCGAGAACGUAAUGGAGUUCACGCCGAGAAAGACGGGCUGGGAAACUAUGGAGACCCCUCCCGACGCCCCUGCUAGGAAAGUCACUGAGGAGAGGGCUGACUGCUCGAUGGAUACACACUUUGGCAUGCUGCCUAAAGUCGAGCAGGAAGACAUGUGCGAUAGUCUUAAAAACGUAACUUUCAGAGACAGAAAGGAUUUUGUGGGAGAUGUGGCUUACAGAAAGAUUUCACGGGAGGAGCUAGAUGUUGGAAUGGACACUCAGAGGGCUAAAAUAUCCAGAAAAUCAUCCAGAGAUGAGCUUGAUAACUAUUCAGACACCCAUUUUGGAAAAAUGUUCAGGGAGACAGAUAUUUCCCUGGACGCAGCCUCUAGAAAGCCUCCCAGGGAUGAUUCUGACUUUGGCACAAGUGCCCAGAGACGACGUAUAUUCAGGGAUAAGAGGGACCUUUCCUUGGACGCAGCCCCCAGGAAGAUCUCCAGAGAUGAGUUUGACAUCGCCCCAGAGGAAAGGAGCCAAAGGAGGAGAACCAUCAGGGACUUCCGAAUGGACAAUUCCAUCGAUACACCCACUGGAAAGAUACCCUGGGACCGCCUGGAUUACCAAGUGGAUCCACGUCGUAUUUCCCGCGAGGAGCACGCUGCCAUGGAGGCAGCACGCUUCGGCCAACCUGACAUCACCUCGAGCACUCUGAUGAUGUGGAACCCCCAGGGGGACCCCAUAAGCAUGCUGGUGUACGACGGCAUACUGGAGAAGGCCUACCCUAUGGCCAUGACAGCUCCUACGCCAGGAGACUUUCCUGGGUCCAUGCACGAGUUGCAACAGGGCAUGGUAGGGUUGGAGACAUCGUCAACCAAUCUGACUCCACACUGCUCCCCGAACGCCUCACCACCGGAGAACAGAAGCAGCGGCAAAGAGAAGACCAAGAAGUCCUCAAAGCUCAAGAGCCUGUUCCAGAAGAAGAAAAAGGACACCUCCUCCAGCCCACCAGACGGGACACAGGGCAGCUUGCAGAAGAUGUGACUAGCGGUCGGCAAACACAAAACCAUCUCCAAUAAGGCCUGGAGGAAGCUGAGACGGGCGUUGGGCAGACCUGCAGAGUCUGACUGACGCUCGGCCACACUUCUCCUGGGCCAUAGGACAAUACCCAGACAGCUUACAGCCAGAUGACGAUCAAAUGGCAAUCUAACAGCUAUGGUGAUGUGGAGUGAACUGCUUUAUAAUACAUAUAAUUUAUUAUAAUAUUUUUUUUUAAAAAGGACAUGCAGGAAACAAACCACACGCUGUUCUGGUCAUUUGUGUUUGCCGAUUACAGGAUACAAAUUCUCAGAUGAGUAAGUUGUAUUUUGCCAUUUCAUAAUUUUCUGGUUGAGUCAUUAAUUUAUGCAUUCUGGUCAAAUGACUGCCAUUGUGUAUCUUAAGAGGUGUUAAACUGUGUGGUUCAUUUCAGGCAAAGGUUGUUUAUUGCCAUGGCAACAGCUGAUGUAAUGGGCUCACUGUGAUACUACACGGGUGUUUGCCAGAUUGUUGGCCCAGUUUUUAGCCAGGAAUGUUUUUUUUUUAAAUCAGAAAGAUAUUUCAAAAUUGUAUUUAAUAAGAUGUUUUCAGAUGACAUGCUAAGUGUGUAAUGCCUGAGCAUCUUUUCUUACGUUUCUUUUUUUCUCUUUUCAUUGCCAGUUGUUUUGUACAAGAAUUAUUUCUUGUCAAAUUUUAAAGUGUGAUUACCAUAGGGAAGGCAAUGUGUAAGAAAAGUGUAAUUGUUUACAGACUGUAAUAGUGCUUAUAAUAAUAAUGCUUGUCCGUGCAGGAUGGAGGGAGGACAAGCAUCACAAUUGACAUAUAAAAUAUUGUCUUUUUCAAAAUA